UGUCAACAAACAACAGCACGUGCCGCCCCGCCGCCCCGCGCCCUGCACAGCACAGCACAGCACAACACCCUGCACAGCACACUACCCUGCACAGCACCCUGCACAGCCAUGCCAGGCCUCGACGACUGGACCCUGCAGCCCGCCGAGGUGGUCCAGAGGAUAUUCGAGGAGUGUGGGGCCAAGGGGCCAUGGAGGGAGAGAAUCAAGGAACACUUUGAAGAGGAGUUGAAGCAGCCGUCCGUCCUGGAAAAGUUGCCAUGGCUGAAUGAGUGUCCCCUGCACCAGCUGCGUGCCGGCCAGCUGGUGCGCUAUCGCUGCAUGGUGCAGGACAUGCUGGGGAAGGAGUUCUUCUCUGACGUGUAUGAAGUGACGCCAGAUGGCGCCAGCGACGGCUGCAGCUCCAGGCUCCUUCCGGGUCGCUACAAGGAUGUGGUGCAGUGUGGGCCGGGAGAGAACAUUGACGCCAGCGGACCAAACAGCCAGACCGGGGACCGCCUCGUCUACUACUGCGUGCCUGUGCCGGGAGAGACGGACUGGGUCAAACAGGUGUACCAAGAGCAGCAGCCACAUCUCGCCCCUGCCAGCACCUCAAGUGGCUCGGCGCGACUCAAACGACCAGCGGUGGAGGACCAGGCGGAGAGCAUGGAGACGGAGGAGGCGGAAGGGGAGGGGGAGGAGAGGAAGAAGGUGAGGGGGGAGGGGUGGGGAGCAAGUGGAAGUGGAGGUGCUGGUCCUACUACUGCCUCCACCUCCUCCACCUCCACCACCUCCACCACCACACCUGAGCUUAACUUUCCCUUUCCGGGCAUGAAGGGGACACCUGCGCUCGUUAAGAUCUACGAGGAGGAAUCUUUGACGCUGAACCAGGUUAUUGAGGUGGUAGCAAUCCUCUCUGUCAGCCCCCACCUGGCCUCCUCCUCCUCCCCCUCCUCCUCUUCCAUUGGGGUAGAGGAGGAGGGGGGGGUGAUAGGGGGCGAUGGGGACAUGGAAACACCUGGUGGGCACUCCGCUUCGCCAGCCUCGUUAGUGCCCAGGCUACACGCAAUCCUCGCCCGCCCCAUGGCACACACCAACCCACUCCUUCCCGCCGACACCACCACCACCACCACCAUCACCACCACCACCAGGGAUACCAUGAUGAAGGUGCUGGUGGAGGUGUGCUUAGGAGACUCGUUAGCGGCCGAGCACCUCCUGUGUCACCUGCUGUCCUCUGUUUACUGUCGGCAGGACGUCACCGUGAUCGGGAAGUACGCCCUCAACCUGUCCGGCGUGGAUGGGGAGCUGCAGGCGGCCGGCUACACACCCUUCCUCUACGGGGUGCUGUCGUCCCUCGUCACACAGGCACACUACCUCCCUCUCACCCUCGACACCAUCAAUAAAAGGGUGUUUGUGCCCAAGAAGGACUACCAGACAGACAAACUAGUGAGUGGGUACCUGCAGCUGCCUCAACACACCCAUCUCCUGCUUGACGAGACCCAGCUGUCGGAGGGGCAGGUGGACAGGGCGGGUAUGGCCAACUUGACGGCAAUUGGCAAUGUUAUCACGUGGCAGAAGGUGGACUACGACUUUCAGUUCCACACGAUUGAACAGCUGACCAAUGUGCCGGUGCUGGUGAUGUCCGAGGGGAAGUCCAUGCUGCCCAGUGACGUGGAGGUAAGACUACAGCCCAGAGAGAAGAAUGUGGAGUUGGCCAAGGCGAGAGUGGAGGCCCUUCUCUCCUGCCCCUCCACCCUCUCCCUUCUCCGCAUCUACCUCACCGCCGCCCGCCUGGCCCCCUACACACUGACGGAGGAGAUGCAGAAGGUGGUCCAAGAUGACUUCAUGGAGAGCCGCAAGGACAGUGGUGGUGAAGGCCUCUCCGCUGCUGGGCUACACUCCCUGCUGGUGGUGGCAAGGCUUGUGACGCUCAGCUACGGGGAGACUCAACUAAACCGAGACUUGUGGGAGACUGCAAAGAAAAUGGAGACAGAGAGGAAGGCUAGACUACCUCCUCCAUCAUCCUCUUAGUCCUCCUCCUCCUCCUCCUCCUCCUCCUCUUCUUCCUUCCUGUCUUCCUCUUCCUUAUCCUCUUCCUCCUCCUUCCUUCUCUCAUGUCUAUUUCUUCCUUGUUUUCUUUUGUGACGUUGUUAUUUUAUUUUUUGUUACUUUCAUCUUUUUAAUCCUCCUUUUUUCUUCCUCCUCCUUCCUCUCUUUUUCCUCCUCCUCCUCCUCCUCUUCUUCUCUCUUCCUCCUCUUAGUGACUCAGCCUCUUUUUUUCUUUUUUUUUCUACUUCCGUCCUCUCAGUCUAUCUUCUUUUUACUCUUCUAUCUUCCUCUUUCUCCUCCUCUUCCUCUUCCUGCUCUUCUUUCCUAUCCUCUUCCUCUUCCUCCUCCUCCUAGUUUCUCAUCUUCCUCCUGCUCCUCCUUUUCUUCUCUAUCUUUCUCUUCCUUCUCCUCCUCCUAUUUCCUCUUACUCUUGUCUUCCUCCUCCUCCUCUUCUUCUCAUAUCUUCCUCCUCCUCCUCUUCCUCCCCCCAUCUCCCUUUGAGUUACCCGGAUUUUCUGUUUUUCUCAUUUUUAUCCUUUUUUUCUUCCUCCUCCUCCUCCUCCUCCUCCUCCUCUUCCUCCUCCUAGCAAACAAAAGGGAACAUAAAAUUAGGUAAGAACACACACACACACACACACACACACACACACACACACACACACACACACACAAAAUGUAUAAAUGGAGCCAGUUAUGGGAGGUGGAAUUUAAUGCAAACAAAUGGCAUGUUAUGGAAAUGGAGAAAAGUAAAAAGAGACCGAGGAAAACAUACAGGAUGGGAGACGAAAACUUAAGGUGGUACAUGAAGAAAAAGGUUUGGGAGUAGCGAUGCAAGACACACUAUCCCCAGAAAGCAUAUAAACAAGUUAUUUGGAGAAGCCUACAGGAUGAUGCAAAAUAUAAGGGUAUCAUUACAUUAUAUAGACAAGGAAAUGAUGAAGAAAAUAAUAACAACACUGAUAAGACCAAAACUUGAAUAUGCUGCAGCUGUGUGGUUACCUCACUAAAAGAAGGAUAUCAGAAAGUUGGAAAGGAUACAGAGAAUUGCAACUAAAAUGGUCCCAGAACUCUCGAACAUGACGUAUGAAGACAGAUUAAAGGAGAUGGACUUGACGACACUGGAACAGAGAAGGGAGAGAGGAGAUCUGAUCACGCUGUAUAAGUUGGUAAAUAAGUUUGAUGAGGUGGAUAGUGAUGAUCUCUUCUCUACUGUGAGAACGCAGGGGCUGAGAGGACAUGGAAAGAAACUUAAUAAAGGAACCUGUUUGAGUGACUUGAAGAAGUAUAGUUUUCCACAUAGAAGUGUUAACACAUGGAACAGCUUGUGGGAAGAGGUGGUGGAGGCGAACAGUGCCCAACAAAUGAAGGAAAGGCUGGAUGAAUGUAGAUAUGGAGAUGGGACUAUUAGAGCUUAGCCCGGGCCACUAGACUACAAAUAGGUAAAUACACACACACACACACACACACACACUUUUAUGCUAUAUUUUUGUAUGGUAACUUUUUAAAAAUAUUUCAUGUAUAAACUUUUUGGUGUGUGUGUGUUUGUGUUUGUGAAGAAAAUAUUUUGUACUGAAUAAAAUGUACUAUAUAUGAA